AAGCUAAGCAUUAAACAAUCUCUAAAUAUAUAAAGUGCCACUAAAAUUCCAACCAAAUCCAAUAAAAAAACGCGGUUUGGUUGGCAUUUUGACCCUUCACUAUACACAAACAUCAAACAUUUUAUGGUAACCUAACCUCCGCUCCUUGGCUUACAUAUUUGAGUCUGAUCGGAGGUUCAACAACCAGCCAGACAAAGAUGGGCUGCUGUGCAAGCCAAAAUGCCGACUCCAAAGCUCAAAGGACUGCUCGCUGGCGAUCCACAGGCAUUGUUGCUAUGCGUGACGCUAAACUUAAGACUUUUCCAGAUGAGAUUCUUGAUCUGAAUAGUAGUGUGCGCACCCUCGAUUUAUCUCACAAUAAAUUAGUUGACAUCCCUAUGGAGAUUAGCAAGUUAGUUAACAUGCAGCGCUUGGUCGUACCGCAUAAUCUUAUCGAGCGACUACCAAUUAACUUGGGAAAACUGCAAUCUUUAAAAGUUAUGACACUUGAUGGGAAUUGCAUCACUUCUUUGCCUGAUGAAUUGGGUCAGCUUGUGAGGCUUGAGCAGUUGUCCAUCUCAGGAAACAUGUUAAUCAGCUUGCCGGAGACAAUUGGGAGCUUGCGCAAUUUAUCACUUCUAAAUGUGUCAAGUAACAAGUUAACGACUCUUCCAGAAUCAAUUGGGAGUUGCUUUUCUCUAGAAGACUUACAAGCAAAUGAUAAUUCUAUUGAAGAUCUUCCGGCAUCAAUAUGCAAUCUUGUUCACUUGAAAUCACUUUCCUUAAACAACAAUAAUGUGAGACAGAUUCCUAAAAAUUUGUUGAAAGACUGCAAAGCUCUCCAGAGCAUGUCCCUGCAUGACAAUCCGAUUUCCAUGGAUCAAUUUCAGCAGAUGGAAGGAUUUCAAGAGUUUGAAGCAAGAAGAAAGAGGAAAUUUGACAAACAAAUAGAUUCAAAUGUGAUGAUUAGUUCUAAAGGGCUUGAUGAGGGCAUUGAUCUAUGAUGAAUUCUGUGAUGACACUCCUUUCAAGACUCUCUAGAUGGGGACAGGUUGAGGCGACGGUUAAUGCAAGGGAAUGGACGAUAAAAAUCUGCAGAGUUUUGGAUUCGAAAUAGCUCAUGUUUAGCUGGGGAUAGAAAAACGCCAUUCUUGAAUGUUGUUCGCGUGUGAAAUAAAUAAAUUAUAUUCACAGCUGAGACUGGUUGUAAAUGUUAUAGCUGUUUCUGUUAGUUAUUUGUCUGUCACAUUGCAGGCUUGUAUAUGCUGCUUACACAGAGUUUUUUAAAGAUGUUUUUUUUUUAAUUUAAGCUACAAGCUGUAAGGUCUAUAUAUGAAUGAUUGACUGUAUAAAAUUUACUAGAAACAUUGUUGCACGCCA